AUGCACGCAGCCGUGCCCACCGCGCAGCCUGGCAAGACUAAGGUCGCCUUCCUGGGCAUCGGAAUAAUGGGAAACGCCAUGGCCGCCAACCUGCUGAAGGCUGGGUACGAGGUGACGGUGUGGAACCGUUCGCCAGACAAAUGCGCCGGGCUGGCGGCGGCGGGAGCCACGGUGGCGGGCACCCCGGCUGAGGCGGUGGCAGCCUGCGACAUCGCCCUGGCCAUGCUGUCCGACCCAGAGGCCUGCCUAGCUGUGGCCACAGGCCCUGAGGGGGUGGCCUCAGCCAUGGCCCCCGGCAAGGGAUAUGUGGAUGUGAGCAUGGUAGAUGCCGCCACGUCGCGCCAGGUGGCGGUGGCAGUACGCGCGGCGGGCGGCGCCUACCUGGAGGCCCCCGUCAGCGGCAGCAAGGGCCGCGCCGCGCGCCUGCCCGCGCCUGCUUUCUUCGCCCUGCGCAGCAGCUGGCCCCCUGGCCGCCGCCGGCGCCCGGUCGGCGCCCGCCGCGAUGAGAGCCUGUUUGAGGCGGCGGCGCCGCUGCUGGAGGUCAUGGGCAAGGCCAGCUUCUUCCUGGGCGAGGCGGGGGCGGGAGCCAACAUGAAGCUGGUGGUCAACAUGGUCAUGGGCUCCAUGAUGGCCAGCUACGCGGAAGGGCUGCAGCUGGCGCAGCGCUGCGGGCUGCGGCAGGAGGACCUGAUUGAGGUGGUGAAGCUGGGGGCCAUAGCCAGCCCCAUGUUUGCCCUCAAGGCGAGCCGCCGCGGUGCAGCACCUGGCAUGGUGGCGGGCAAGUUUCCCACCGCCUUCCCGCUGAAGCACCAGCAGAAAGACCUGCGGCUGGCGCUGGCGUUGGGGGAUGAGGUGCAGCAGCCGCUGCCGCUGGCGGCCGCGGCCAACGAGCUGUAUAAGCGGGCUCGGGCAGCUGGCUACAGUGAUGCCGACUUCAGUGCGGUGAUGGCGGGGGUAGGCAGCGGCGAGCAGGCCGGGCAGGCGGCGUGA